AUGUCCCGCGUAUCCGAUGGCGAAGGGGACGUCAAAUCGAAACUUGACGUCAGUCACGUUGAGCACACGGAUGCAGACUACAGCCGCAACAUCGACGCAAAAAUCCGUAAUCCACUCAUCGGAGUCUCCAAAUCGGAUCUUCGCGUCCAGGUGUCUGGAUUCUGCCGCGAGUAUGGCUUCGGCGAAAAAGAGGAUAUCUUUUAUCGCGGCGCCCUCGCAGCUCAAAACCCAGAGACUUACGAUUCAUUCGAAGAACUCACUGAGGACGACAAGAAUGUGCUUCGCCAGGAGGUCACCCACAAAUGGCAUCUUCCACGGGACCUCUACUGGAGCAUCGCCCUUUGCUCACUCGGCUCUGCUAUACAGGGAUGGGACAAUACAGGUGCCAACGGUGCCAACCUCUCUUUCCCUCAAGAGUUCGGCAUCGUGGACAGGCAGGCACUAGUUGGUGUCAUCAACGCCGGCCCGACAUUGUUCGGGCUCCUGAGCGCAUGGGCUGCCGAUCCUAUCAACAACUAUUUAGGUCGCCGCGGAACGAUCUUCCUGACCGGUCUGUUUUGUGUGUUUCCCGUUCUUGCCCAGGCUUUCACGCAGAAUUGGUGGGGCCUCUUAAUUUGCCGUCUGUUCAUGGGCCUAGGAAUGGGAGUCAAGAUUUCAACAAUUCCGGUUUACUCAGCCGAGGUCGCACCUGCUGCUAUUCGCGGCGGAAUCGUCACGAGCUUCCAGCUGUGGGUGGCGUUUGGUAUCUUUGUCGGCUUCUGCUCCAACUUGAUAUGGUUUCGUAUCGGCGAUUUAGCAUGGAGAUUCCAGUUGGGUGCCGCGUUUGCUCCUGCUAUUCCGGUUCUUAUCUUUGUCUGGUUCUGCCCUGAAUCUCCUCGUUGGUUGAUGAAGAAAGGCCGCUACCAAGAGUCCUUCAAAUCCUUCUGUCGCCUUCGGAAUACCGAAAUGAUGGCUGCCAGAGACUUGUACUACGCCCAUAGACAAGUCAUUGAAGAGAAGAACGCGUUCGGUGGCCAGACACUUUUACGGCGAAUGACCGACCUGAUUGUCAUUCCCCGUCUCCGCCGUGCAACCAUCGCCUCAUCUUGGAUAGUAAUUUCGCAACAGUUCAGCGGAAUCAACAUCAUGGCCUUUUACUCUUCGACGAUCUUUGAGCAAGCUGGCUACUCCGCCCAACAAUGUCUCCUCGCCUCUAUGGGAUUCGGCCUCGUCAUGUUUGUCUUCGCCUUCCCUGCGGUGUACAUGAUGGAUACUUUCGGUCGAAGGAAUCUCCUCCUCAUCACCUUUCCCAACAUGGCUUGGUGUCUGUUAGCCUCGGGUCUUUGCUUCCUGAUCAAUCAAGGCUCAAGCGCGAGAGUACCACUCAUUGCAUUCUUCAUCUAUCUAUUCACAGCAAUGUACGGGCCAGGAAUGGGUCCUCUUCCAUCCAUUUACUUUUCAGAGGCUUUCCCUCUGUCUCAUCGGGAGAUAGGCUCAGCAUCCACGAUCUGCGUCAACAACGCGGUUGGUAGUGCCCUGACUUUAACCUUCCCCGAACUUUUGCACAGGAUUGGGCCGACUGGGGCAUUUUGCUUCUAUGCAGGUCUCAACCUGCUCGCCUUCAUCGUCAUCUUCUUCCUCAUUCCCGAGACCAAGUGA